GGCAGGCGCAGUGCGCGGGGCGAAGGCUCAGGCGCUCCGAGCCCAUGGAGGCGGCGGGGCCGCUCCCCGCGCCGGGCCCCGCGGAGGGGCCGCAGCCGGGGGCCGAGGAGAUCGACAUGUCCCUGGAUGACAUCAUCAAGCGGCACAGGAAAGAGCAAACAGAUUCCAGCACGUUGGGCGACAGCAGGAGCCAGCAGGUCAAGAACAGGAGUUCAGCCUUCGGGUACGGGCGGCCCCGUUACGGUGCCUGGAAGCAGAGGAAUUUGCAAGGACCUAACCGUUUCAGAAGAGGGUUUGGACAGCAACAAUACAAUAGGAGACAAUUCAGGAAUACUUUGCCUGGUCGAAAGAGAAGAGCAGCUGCUGCCUUCAAUGGAGUGAGCCCUUUAAAUCGCCAGGCAUCAGCUCAGGAGGGCAACAAGAACAGCAGUGCUUUUGCUAAAAGCAGCAGCGGGCAGCAGAAGGACCAGGCACAACCAUCUCCAGGCCCCAAGAGAUUCAGAGCAGAUGCUGCCAGCACCCAGACCCCAGGGAAAAGGCCUUUCCGGCUAAACAGGGGACCAGCGUUCCAGCAGAAGCGGGCGCAGCAGUGGUUCUCCAAAGCCCGCUUCCAGAGAGGGCAGAUGGAUGCUCAAGGAGAAGGGAAACCGCCAAGGAUGAGAAGGUGGCAAGUGAAACCCAGCCCGGGAGCAAUUCUGACGGUUUCUGUGGUUAAUCCCCAGGCGGGCCAGAGCAGCGGGCCUGGAUCCAAGCGCCCGUUCCUGCGAAGCCAGAGACCCCCAGCACGGGUGACCAAGCCCCAGCCCAAGGGGGUGAUGCUGAGAUUCAACUUCCGUGCCAUGGCCAACCAGACCAGCCUGACGCUGGAUGAGAGGUUCUCUGGUCUGAGGAAUAAGAGGCGCUUUACAGCAGCCAGGAGCGCCGGACGGACAGUCACCAUGCCUUAGGACCGCGUGCUCGUCACAGGGACUGCCCCCAACAGUCCAGGCCCUGGCAGGGGCUCAAUAAAAGUCGCUAGAUUCCCUUUGAGAUAGCUGAUUUGGCAAUGUGCCGUCUCCUUCCUUACACCCACAGUGAAUGAGCGAUGGAGGGCAGGGACAAGGCAGGUUGAGAGUUGGGGCCGGAGCACAGGGCAGGUGGGACAUGAGUGGGGUGGAGGUGUAUGAGCGGAGAUGGAUUUGCUGGGAGAGCUCUGCUGGGGAGCCAUAGGGCUGGCACCAUCCCUGUCCUCCUGCCAGGGCACCCUGUGCUGACCAGGGUGACUCUUGCAAGUGGGAGGGGGUGCCAGUUCCAGGCCAUAGCCAUGGAGCCUUCCCUUUGUUGUCCCAUGGGUGGGACAGGGUUGAGGAUGCUGUGCCUGCCCACAUGGGGGACAGGGAGCAGAGCAUGUGUGGAUCUGAGGGAUGUGCCCCAGCAGUGGCACCAGUGGGGAUGCUCCAGCUGCCUGCAAUCCCCAGCAUCCACCCAACUGCCCAAUUUAUUGUGCCUGCAGGCAUCCCUGCCCAGUGUUUGCAGUGUAAGACCCUCCACCCUGAAAAUGUCUCGCUUCGCCCUGACAGUCAGGCCUGAGCACCUUGUGUUUCUCUGUGGGUUGCUGUGCUGCUCUGACUGCUGCUGCUGGCCCAGUUGGGACGGGGUGAGGUGUGCCGUGCCUGCUGCUGGAGUGACUGUCCUCAGUAUGGAGCACAGACAGACUGCCCCAGCCUAAAGCAGGUUUUCCAGCGCUGCAGUCAUUCUGCAUUAGGGUUUUUGUAGUUGCAGCUCCACCCAUGCUCAAAGCACUGGCAUAAUCAAACGAGCAGCAGCACUCUGAUGAUGAACUCGGAGAUGUUAAUGAACUGGGUUUAGACAUUUGUUAACAGAGCCCUGCACCAACCCUGAGUAACUGAUCCAUUCUUCACCCUCUGCUGGAACCCAGCACUGGAAGCGCUGGACACAGCCUGUUACUGGGCUCUAAGCUGUACUUAUGAAAGGAAAUAUUUGAUAGACUGCAUUACAUUUUACACUGAGCAUCUUUAACAAGAGACUGGACUUGGCAUUGGUUUUACAGGAAUGUGUGAAAUGUUGUUAGUUGACAAAGCAGUGAUGUACGAGUCCAGUGCACUGAAUAAAAACUAACUUGUCAAA